AUGAAGCUUUUACUGCUCCUAUCUGCUCUAUCAAUGGCGUUCACACCUUCACACACCACACAGUUCACAUACAAUGGCUUUUCCCCCUCGCCGGACUUCACCCUCGACGGCCUCGCCCACAUCACCCCCGCCGGCCUAAUCCAAUUAACAAACGACACCACGUUCAUGACCGCCCAUGCUUUCUAUUCCCGUCCUAUAAAUUUCAAGAAUUCCUCAUCGUUUUCCACCUCCUUCGCCUUUGCCAUGGUGCCCUUAUUCGCCACGAAAGGCGGCCAUGGAAUGGCUUUCGUCAUUUCUCCGGCCAACAAUCUCCCCGGCGGCGCCGCCGGGCAGUUUAUGGGACUGAUGAAUGAGACCACCAACGGGAAUUCCACCAACCAUAUCUUCGCCGUCGAGUUCGACGUGAUCCAGACCAGGAAGUUUCACGACCUGAGCGACGAUCACGUCGGAAUCGACGUGAACGGAAUGGUGUCGGCGGCGGCCAGGGUCGCCGGAUAUAGCGACGAAAACGGUGCGUUUCGGAACUUGACUCUCCUCAGCGGGGACCCAAUCCUCGCCUGGAUCGAUUACGGCGGUCCCGACAAGAAAAAAAUUAACGUCACUUUAGCUCCGUUUGGCGUUCCCAAACCUCGUACACCUCUCCUCACUUUGCCGUACGAUAAUGUUUCCUCGGUUUUCGACAUCGGAGAAAUGUUCGUCGGCUUCUCGGCCGCCACGGGGCCGGAGCUGACCUCAAACUUUUACGUUCUGGGUUGGAGCUUUUCCUCCACCGGAAGAGCGCCGGAGCUCGAUGUUUCUCAGCUUCCUAAGGUUCCGCGGUUGGGGAGGAAAAAGAAGCCGGCUUUCUUGACUUCUGGUUUGCCAAUAAUCUGCGUGGUUUUAGUAGUGAUACUAGGUUUGGCUGUGGUUAAGGUUGUACAAAGAAAGAGGAAGUUUGAGGAUGUUCUUGAAGAUUGGGAACAUGUUUUUGGCUCUCAUAGGUUCAAGUACAAGGAUUUGUACUUGGCCACCAAGGGUUUCAGAGAAAGGGAAAUCUUGGGGAUUGGAGGUCUUGGAAUUGUCUACAGAGGUGUAUUGCCUGAAACUCAACUCCAGGUGGCAAUCAAGAGGGUGUACUAUGAAUCAAGAGAAGGGGUACAAGAAUUUGUGUCGGCAGCGGUCACCGCCGGGCGGUUGCGCCACCGGAAUUUAGUCCCGUUUCUGGGCUACUGCUGGCAAAAAUCGGAGCUGUUUCUGGUGUACGAGUACAUGCCAAACGGAAGCCUAGACGCGUUCUUGUACCAGAGACCAAACAACACUCUGAAUUGGGCCCAAAGAUUCGCGGUGAUCAAAGGGAUAGCGGCGGCGCUGCUGUAUCUACACGAAGAAUGGGAUCAAGCCACGAAUAUUCCCAGAGAAAUAAACGCCGGCAACAUCUUCCUGGACGGCGAGUUCAACGGCAAGAUCGGAGGGUUCAGCCUGGCGAGAUUGUACGACGGCAACCGGAGGCGCGUGGUGGGAACGCUGGGGUACCUGGCGCCGGAGCUGGCGAGGAGCAGCAAGGCGACGAAGAGCAGUGAGGUGUACGCGUUCGGGGCGUUGGUGCUGGAAAUGGCGUGCGGGAAAAUGGCGUUGGAGGCGAGGAACAUGGCGGACGAGGAUUUCAUCUUGGUGGAUUGGGUGUUUUCCAGGUGGAUUAAAGGCGAUAUUUUGCAGGCAAUGGAUCCGAAUUUGGGGAAUGGGUAUGAGAAAUCGGAGGUGGAGAUGGUGUUGAAGCUUGGGUUGCUGUGUACUCACUCCGAGUCGAGGGCACGGCCGAGCAUGCGGCGGGUGGUUCAGUAUUUGGGCGGUGGUUUGGAGCUGCCGGAGUUAUCGUCGACCAACUUCCGGAUAAUGGCUUAGAUAUAUUAUUGUAAAUUGUAAUGUAAUAUGCUUACCCCCUCCAGGCCUCCACACACACAUAUAUGUAUAUAUUAGAUAACUGAGAUAAGCAUAGUGUUUCUUACCAAUUAUUUGUAGUUGAAAAAGGCUAUCAUGCUCAUCAAUAUCCUAUGAGUUAGGAUUACAAGGUGAAGUUUACUUAGUGCAUAUUAUAGUGUAGUGUAAUGAUUAUAAGUUUCUCUCAUCACUUAUAAAUAUCGGUAUUGAUUUUGUGAC